CGUGGGGGCAACUUUGACAGAACAGUUAUUCUAAGGGACUUCUUCAUCUCACUGACAAAGGAUUUGAUCACAUUCAAGAGGGAAAAUGGUGGCGUAUGAAGUGACUGUAUUCACUGACAAUCGUUUUAAUUCCACCACUUUAAACAAUGUCUUCAUUAAGCUGGUGGGCACAGGUGGGGAGAGCGAUCGAAAGUGGCUCAUGAGCUUGAAAGGGGCUUCAUCCUUCGUCAGAGGAGCAGUAUCAAGUUUUACUGUGUCCUGCUCCACUUCCCUUGGAAAACUUGUGCUGAUAGAACUAGACAAACAGCCUCUCCCGCUGUUCCCGGAUGAUGCUUGGUUCUGUGCCAAGGUGGAGGUGAAAUCCCCUGAGGGAGACACCUACAACUUUCCCAUCUAUCGCUGGAUCACUGACAGCAAGGUGUACCGCUUCAAAGAUGGAAAAGCUCUGAGAGUCUUUGAAGACAACCAUCAUCUUGGCAGGGAGAGCCGACAGCAGGAGCUUAAGCAGCGAAAGGAAGACUAUUGUUGGGAUGUGUAUGUAGAGGGAAUGCCCCACUCUAUAAAGGCAGAGAACCCACUUUCACUGCCAAGUGAGGUCCGCUUCUCCUUCACCAAAACCACAGAGUUUCUCUACACUGCUUCCACGGGACUGACUGAGCUAAAACUGAAGGGACUGGAUAACUGUAAGAAGAAGUGGGAUAAUAUUGACAGCAUCCGUCGGGUGUUUUGCUGCAAAAAGACUGCCAUAUCAGAAUAUGUUCAAGACCAUUGGAGAGAGGAUGAUUUCUUUGGCUACCAGUUUCUAAAUGGUGCCAACCCCAUGUUGAUCCAGCGUUGUACAGCCCUGCCCAGUAACUUCCCUGUCACUGAUGACAUGGUGUUCCCCCACGGUCGGUGUAGCCUGGCAGAUGAAAUGAAGAAAGGAAACAUAUUCCUGUGUGACUACAAGCGUUUGGAUGGACUGAAAACAAACACCAUCAAUGGGAAGAAGCAGUACUUGAUGGCGCCUCUCGUCCUGCUCCACAAAGCUUCUGAUGAUAAACUAAUGCCGAUUGCUAUUCAGCUGAAGCAGACUCCAUCAGAUGACAAUCCAAUCUUCCUUCCUACUGAUUCUGAGUACGACUGGUUGAUCGCAAAGAUUUUUGUGAGAAGUGCCGAAUUCAGCGAGCAUCAACUCAAUGUUCACCUGCUGCGCACACACUUGCUGGCUGAAGUUUUUGCAGUGUCACUGCUGCGCAACGUGCCCAUGGUUCAUCCUCUGUACAAGCUUCUCAAACCUCACACACGCUACACUCUGCAGAUCAACUACUUAGCUCGAAAUCUUCUCAUUUCUAAGACUGGAUCUUUCACUCAGUUUGCAGCAUCUGGUGGAGAGGGCAUGAUUACAGCCCUGAAGAGGUCAUUGUCCUCAAUAACCUACAGCUCCCUCUGUAUACCAGAAGACAUUGCUGAACGUGGCCUGGAGACUGUGCCAAACUUCUACUACAGAGAUGAUGGGCUAAAGGUUUGGGAUAUCAUCCACAGGUUUGUGGAGGGAAUUCUCAGCUACUACUACAAGGCCGACAGUGAGGUUGAGCGGGACUCUGAACUUCAGAAGUGGAUUUUGGAAAUUUUUGAACAUGGGUUCCUUUCUCAAGCAGGCACAGGAAUUCCUCAGAGAUUUACCAGUGUGACUGAGCUGGUCAAGUUUGUCACUAUGGUGAUCUUCAUUUGCUCAGCCCAGCACGCAGCUGUGAACUGUGGACAGUAUGACUAUGGUGGCUGGAUGCCCAACACUCCCAUCUCCCUGCAACUUCCACCACCGACCAAAAAGGGGACAACAAGUGAGGCCACGAUGCUGUCAACCUUCCCUGAUGUCAAUGUAACAGUUCAGGGCAUGGCUGUCGUGUGGCUACUCAGCAAGCAGUCCAGUGACUUUGUCCCUCUUGGCCAGUACCCGGAGGACCAUUUCACUGAAAAGAUUCCCCGCAAGAUAAUAAAGGAUUUUCAGAGGGAGCUUCACGAGUUAAGUGUAGCCAUCAAAGCCAGAAACAAGAGCUUGAAGGUGCCAUACACAUACAUGGAUCCAUCAGAGGUAGAAAAUAGUGUGGCAAUUUGAGUAUUAAGAGGACAGACUUCCUCAGCUGUGGGCAAAAUUCAACUUCCUCUUCAAAAGAGAGCAGGGAAAGAACUUGCUGUUUCUGAUCAUUGUAAACUGAUCUGUGAAUUUUAAGCAAAAGUUUUUGGCUUUUCUGUAUUAUCUGCCAUCACUGGACUAUUGUUUUAUGCUUAAUUAUGUCUCAACACAAUAAUCAAUUCAAGAUAUUUCUUCCCCGUAACUGUAUUUUAGCUGUUUGCCUUGCAUUGAUGGACUGAGUUAGAGACUGAUUUCUUUGUGAGUCUGUUCUGAGCCAGUUAAAAUUAAACAUUGCUAAACAUUAUUGUACAUUUUUGCUAAAGAAAAAAAAAAUCAUAGCUUAUAUUUUCAUUAUUUUAAUGUUUUAAUCAAAACUGAUUUGAAUAUCUUCAUUUAACAGAUUUAACAAAAAAAUAAACACAUCUGCGAUUACGC